GAGCUCAGUCUGAAUGAAAGUGGCGCGCCGCUGCAGACGUUGCCCGCGUUGGCGCUGCUAGGGUUCGCAUACCGGCAGGGAUUCAGGUGCCUCGGACCUCCGGGGCGGAGCGGACCGCGAGGAGGCGGAGGCGGAGGCGCGAAGAGGGUUGGUGAAGGAGCGGUGAGGCUCUCCGCGGCCCCAAGACAUGGCUCACAACAAGAUCCCGCCGCGGUGGCUGAACUGUCCGCGGCGCGGUCAGCCGGUGGCAGGAAAAUUCUUACCUCUGAAGACAAUGUUAGGACCAAGAUAUGAUAGUCAAGUUGCUGAAGAAAAUCGGUUCCAUCCCAGUAUGCUUUCAAAUUAUCUAAAGAGUUUGAAGGUUAAGAUGGGCUUGUUGGUGGAUCUGACAAAUACUUCCAGGUUCUAUGACAGAAAUGACAUAGAAAAAGAAGGAAUCAAAUAUAUAAAACUUCAGUGUAAAGGACAUGGUGAAUGCCCUACCACUGAGAAUACUGAGACAUUUAUUCGUCUGUGUGAGCGGUUUAAUGAGAGAAACCCACCUGAACUUAUAGGUGUUCAUUGUACCCAUGGUUUCAACCGCACUGGUUUCCUCAUAUGUGCCUUUUUGGUGGAGAAAAUGGAUUGGAGUAUUGAAGCAGCAGUUGCUACUUUUGCUCAAGCCAGACCACCAGGAAUCUAUAAGGGUGAUUAUUUGAAAGAACUUUUUCGUCGCUAUGGUGAUAUAGAGGAAGCACCACCCCCACCUCUGUUGCCAGAUUGGUGUUUUGAGGAUGAUGAGGAUGAAGAUGAGGAUGAGGAUGGAAAAAAGGAAUCAGAACCUGGGUCAAGUGCUUCUUUUGGCAAAAGGAGAAAAGAACGGUUAAAACUGGGUGCUAUUUUCUUGGAAGGUAUAACUGUUAAAGGUGUAACUCAAGUAACAACUCAACCGAAGUUAGGAGAGGUACAGCAGAAGUGUCAUCAAUUCUGCGGCUGGGAAGGGUCUGGAUUCCCUGGAGCACAGCCUGUUUCCAUGGACAAGCAAAAUAUUAAACUUUUAGAGCAGAAGCCAUAUAAAGUAAGCUGGAAAGCAGAUGGUACUCGUUAUAUGAUGUUGAUUGAUGGCACAAAUGAAGUUUUUAUGAUUGAUAGAGACAACUCAGUGUUUCAUGUUUCAAAUCUGGAAUUUCCAUUUCGUAAAGAUCUCCGUAUGCAUUUAUCGAAUACUCUCUUGGAUGGGGAAAUGAUUAUCGACAGAGUAAAUGGACAGGCUGUUCCUAGAUACUUGAUAUAUGACAUAAUUAAAUUCAAUGCACAGCCAGUUGGAGAAUGUGAUUUUAAUAUUCGUCUGCAGUGUAUAGAACGAGAAAUAAUAAAUCCUCGACAUGAAAAAAUGAAGACUGGUCUCAUUGACAAAACACAGGAGCCAUUUAGUGUCAGAAAUAAGCCAUUUUUUGACAUCUGUACUUCAAGAAAGCUACUUGAAGGAAGUUUUGCCAAAGAAGUCAGCCAUGAAAUGGAUGGACUUAUUUUUCAGCCCAUUGGAAAAUAUAAACCUGGUCGAUGUGAUGAUAUUUUGAAAUGGAAGCCUCCCAGUCUGAAUUCUGUGGAUUUUCGCCUAAAAAUAACAAGAAUGGGAGGAGAAGGGUUACUUCCUCAGAAUGUUGGCCUUCUCUAUGUUGGAGGUUAUGAAAGACCCUUUGCACAAAUCAAGGUGACAAAAGAGCUGAAACAGUAUGACAAUAAAAUUAUAGAAUGUAAAUUUGAGAAUAACAGCUGGGUUUUCAUGAGACAGAGAACAGACAAAAGUUUUCCUAAUGCAUACAACACUGCCAUGGCUGUGUGCAACAGCAUCUCAAACCCUGUGACCAAGGAGAUGCUGUUUGAGUUCAUCGACAGAUGUGCAGUAGCUUCUCAAGGACAGAAACGAAAGCAUCAUCUGGAUCCUGACACAGAGCUUAUGCCACCACCACCUCCAAAAAGACCACGCUCUUUGACCUAAGACCAGUCUCCUGAUGUCACAGUUGAGAGGAAAGAUGAGAAAAAGUGCUGUUGCCCCAUUUUUGCUGUCAGAGAAAUUUAAAAAAAAAAAAGUAUGGCUUGCCAUUGAUACCCAUUCUAAAUUUUUUAAAAACAAAA